GCGACUGACCCUCAGAGGAACACAUGAGUGAGGGGUGGAAUCUCCAUCUCGGCACUCUCAUUCAUAAUAACUUUACCCAGGUGGUCCAUGGUAUUUCUAUGCAUUCAAAUUAAACUAUACACUUUUUUAACUAUUAAAAAAAAUCUGAUCUGAUUUGAGAUAUUCUGAUCCUGUAAACUUGUGAACCGCUGAGAAAACCGCUGAUAACUUAGUUUGACACGCGCGCAUCAUGUGAUCGACAGUGCAGGUUUUGUCAGACAGGAACACUGAUUGGAAAUAAAGGAUUAUAAUCUCAUUAAACAUGCACAGUGUGAUCCGGCGCUAUCAGGCCUCCGACCGGGAGGCUGUGGAAAGAGUUUUCCGAGAGGGAAUAGAGGAGCACAUCAAUCCUGCGUUCCUGUACGCCAUGACCCGACCACUGCACAUCACCGUGAGCCUGUUCUUCUACAUGGGCUCGUAUGUGUGGGGUGGACAGUCGGUGCUUCUGGCCCUGCUGUCUGGAGGAGCCUGGAUAGGUCUCGUGCUCUUCUGCUGCCACGAGUUCUACGCCGGAUACGUGCGGGCCAGACUGAACACCGAUAUGCAAGAUAUUGCGGGUUACUACCUCAGUAAUCCAGACAACUGCUUCUGGGUUGCCGAAGCUGAGGUGAGCGGCCGGCCUCAGAUUUUGGGGAUGGUGGCCGUCGAAGGGAAAAAUGACCCGGGAAGUGAUGGGAAGAAGUAUGGCGAGAUUUACCGCAUGAUUGUUUCGUCCACCUGCCGCCGUACCGGUCUCGGUCGACAGCUGGCUAAAACUGCCGAAGACUUCUGUAGGGAACGUGGCUUCUCAAAGAUCGAGCUCUCCACCUCUUCUACGCAGAGAGCAGCCGUGGCGCUGUACUUUAAGCUGGGCUUUAAACUCGUCCGGGUUCACACGCAAUCCGAGUUCCCGAAGUGGAUGAUCUGGAUGACUAGAGCCACGAUUCUGACCAUGGAGAAGAACAUCUGAUCAUUAACUUUUUAACUAAAGGCUGACAGUUUAUAGGCUACUGAUUGUCUUUAAUAAUCAUAGCUUAGUAGCACUGACAAGUUUUAUAGCACUGUUUUCCACAUCACACAAAUGUUAUUAAAUUUGCUAUUAAAGAUUUUUCACUUUUAUGAUUCUGAAUUGGAUUAUUUCUUUUUUUUUCUUUUUUAAUUUAGUUUUACAGGGACAUUGUACAUUAAUAAAACAUUCCUGUAAAUGUACCAGAAUUAGCCAAAGGCUAUUUUUCAUCUGUAGUCCCCUGGACAAGAUGUUACAAGUCAACCUAAAGAAAAAAAAAAAGAUUAAAAAUACAUAAUAGAAACUUUAAUAAUUACACAAUACCAUAAAAAGCUAUUUAAACAGUUUUGAUCAAUUAAAAACAAUCAAGCAAAAUAAGAACAAUAAUAGGGUGGCUAGCAGAUAUGAAAUUCUAAUGCUGACAAAUCUGAGUACUGAUUAACCAAUUUUUCAACCCUAAAUAAAGCAUAUGUGUCUAAAUCCC